AUGGAAGUCGCACAAGGCAAUUUGUUGCUCAUGGAAGCCACGUAUUUGGAGCUAGUCAGCAACAUUCGAGCCCUCGUCCAAUCGAAUCAAGACUUGGAAGAAGCCUUGACAGCAGAACCAAACGAUUUGGACUUUCAGCAAGCUGUCAAAGAAAACACGUACAUUGUUCUCAAGAAGCGAGAACAGCUAGUAAACCUCGUGACGGAUAUGCGACGAAUGGGAGGCAACAUUGACAUUCCACCAGAUAUUCAGCAAAUGAAUUUGGAUCUCAAGGGAACAGCGGGUGACGUUACACAAGAACCAGUGGUUGCCAACAACUUGGUCCGCGUGGAAGAAGAAGGCACUGGGGGCGAAGAGGAGGGAGUAUACUUGUAA